GGAUAUGCUUUGUCGACGGAGGUGAUGAUCACAAAAUCGUGCUUGCAGACUCGCCGCUACGAUUUAGCGCCAUGAUUUUGUUAUCGCCCAAAAGGAUAGCGUUGUGCCUCUCGGUACUCAUCUGUGGAACUACAUAGCGUUGAUAUUUUUGUACACCUAAAUAGUAUUAUUAUGAAAUGACAACAAACUGUAAAACAUUCGAUGUAAUCUUUGCGCGAUGGGCUUGUUUAUAGUAAAUUGGUUACGGUGACGUGACGCACAAUACUUGUUAAAUAUGUCUGAAAUAAUAGAUGAAAAAGUCGUUGCGGGGGCUAAAGAUCCAAAUGUUGUCAAAGAAGAUCCUAUCGUAGCGUUGACGGAAAAGGUGCAGUCUCUUUACUUCUUUCGAGAUCAUUACUUCGAAACUCAUUCAAUAGCAGAUGCAGUCCGUAAGAGUAGUGAUGUGGAAAAGAAAAUGAAAGAUACGUUAAUCAAAUUUGAAGAAUGUCACGGAUAUGAAAUAGAUGGAUGUAGAGCACAGUAUUAUUUCCUUAAGGGAAAAACUUUGAAUGUCAUAGAUCGUUUUGUGCCUCAAGCAGAAGAACUCUUAAGUAAAGCUGUAAAGCUGGAACCCAGUUUAAUUGAUGCAUGGAAUGAGCUUGGAGAAUGUUAUUGGAAAAACGAUGACAUCCAACAAGCUAAAAAUUGUUUUAUUGGUGCUUUGCCACACGGUAAAAAUAAAGUAUCUCUGCGAAACUUAUCAAUGGUGCUUCGGCAGGAACCAACUGCUACAUAUGAUCAACAAGUGCAAAAUGUACAACAAGGUGUUGAACGUGCAAAGGAAGCUGUCAGUCUUGAUACAUCUGAUGGUGUUUCAUGGGCUAUUCUUGGAAAUGCCUACUUAUCUUCUUUUUUUACUAUUGUACAAAAUCCUAUGACAUUACGCCUUUGUAUGUCCGCUUAUGCUCAAGCUGAGAAAGACGUAGUUGCAAGGUGUAACCCUGAUUUAUUUUACAAUAAAGCAAUUGCAUUAAAGUAUCAGGAGGAAUAUAAAUUAGCAUUGGAAUCAUUUGAGCAAGCAACAUUAUUAGAUCCAACAUGGAACAUACCGAAAGAUAAAAGAGAUGAACUUUUGAAGUAUUUGAAGGAUGUCAAAAAUUUAGUUAACAGUAAUGGAAGAUUAAAACCUAAAAAACUGCAUCAAAUGAUUCAGACAAUGGAUAAAAAACAAUUAGGAGCAUAUAAAGACGGAUUUUAUACGUCUGGAAAUAAAUUUGUGAAAUUAAAUUUAAUUCCAAUAAAAGAAUUAAUACCUGGCGCAAAUUUGGAGAAACUUAUCUUUGGCAAAGUCGUCUGCUGGAUACAAGAUCCCGAUUGUGUGCCUUUCACUUUUUGCCUCGUUGAUAAGGAUAAGACUUGCAUAGCAGUUACUUUAUAUAAUUUGGCAAAAGGUCGAGGAGUAACAGUUGGAGAUUCUGUUGUUAUUCCAGAACCAUAUCUCACGUGUCACGACUUCUCUUACGGGGAUGAUACAUUUAAUUUCAAAUCCAUACGUGUUGAAACGCCAGUUGUGCUAAUCCUUAAUGGCAGAAAAAUGGGUCGAGAGCAACAAGCCAGUACGAAGUUAUCAACAUUUAAAAAAACGGACUAAAGCUGCCAACGACCAUCCUGGAAACAAUACAUGUAUUAUGAUGAUCACAAAGUGAUAAAUGAAGAUCAUCCACGAUUGCAGAAAAAGUACAGCAUGGAAGAGGAUAAAUAUCUACGUGACACCUUUUUUUAUACUGCAAAGAUAUCAUUACUCCCCAUGCAUGUCUCUUAUCAAAAACGUUUUUCCGCAAUCUUACAUUCUCUUUGAAGUCCAAUCUCAACACUUCAAACAUGUGCCUACUCAGAACUGCACAAAUUGGGAACAAAAUUUCUCCUUUUCAUUUUUCUUUCCAUAUUUUUUUAUGCCACAUUAUGUCUACUAAUCAUAUUGAACAAUAUUCUCAUUAACCAUUUUCACAAACGUAUGCCAGCAGACUGUAAUUUGUAUUAUUAACACCAGGUCAUACGUAGAGCAUUGACAAUCAUAAUCGUAAAAAAAUACUUAAUUCAUCUUAUUAAUCCAGUACGAUUAUGAACACAAAAUUUGAUUUAUAUUUGUUUGUAGUUAUACAAAACUAGUAUUUACAUAUUUUUCAUUCCGUAUUAAAUCGUUGACGACACGGAA